AGUUAAUAUACUAAAACAAGUCUAUUUUGAAGGGAAGGAGUAAAUGUUUACAUUGUUCUAAAAACAUGUAAGAUAUAAAUAUUAUAAUCAGUGAGCGGGCUACAAAUUUAAAUUAAAGACGAGAUAAUGGAUCAUAUAUAAAUGUUAUUAAAUUAAAUUAAAAUUGGGGGUUCACAAAAUGAAAAAAAAAAUUAAUCAUCAACAACUUGACCACCAUAGACUUCCCACAGAUGGUUGAUGAGAUCCUUUUUUAGUUCUCUAUGUAACCACGUGUCUUGUAUCUGCUUUGUUCGAUUAACCAUCAUGGACAUAAUUAAGGUAAAGUCAUGCUCUAGACUAACACCUUCACUGGGUUCAUCUCCUUCGUCCCGCCAAUCUUCUGGAUUAACGCCUUGACUACGCUCAUUCUCAAUAAUCAUGUUAUGUAAGAUGAUGCAUGUCUUCAUAAUCUUUCCCAAGUCUUUAGCACUCCACAUUCGAGCAGGUCCUUUAAUUAUAUGCCAUCGACUUUGUAACACACCAAAUGCUCGCUCAACAUCCUUUCGUGUUGCUUCUUGUUUUUUUGCAAAUACCUUUUCCUUGACAGACAAUGGUUGGGAUAUUGUUUGGAUAAGAGUAGCAUACUUUGGAUAUAUCCCAUCAGCUAAAUAAUAACCCAUGUCGUACUCAUGACCUUGAACAAUGAAUUUGCAUGGCGGAGCAAUGCCAUUUAUUAUAUCAUCAAAUAGGGGUGAUCUAUCUAAAACGGUAACAUCGUUGUUACUACCAGCCAUUCCAAAAAAAGCAUGCCAAAUCCAUAAAUUCUGUGAAGCUACAACUUCUAAAAUAAGAGUGGGAACUCUUUUAAAACCAUUCGUAUGCGUGCCAUGCCAAGCAGUGGGACAAUUUUUCCAUUGCCAAUGCAUACAAUCCAAGCUGCCAAGCAUACCGGGAAAUCCUCGAGUCUCAUUUUCUUCUAGGAGCUUUCUAAUAUCAUCCUCGUUUGGUUUUCUCAAAUAAUGCUUUUCAUAGAGUCAUAUAACAGCAUCACAGAAACGCUUCAGGCUUUCAACCGCGGUACUUUCUCCAAUUUGAACAUAUUCAUCAAGCAAAUCAGCUGGACAACCAUAUGCAAGCAUACGUAUUGCUGCAACCAUCUUCUGGAGGGGGCUUAACCCAAUGUUUCCAACAGCAUCUGCCUUUUGUUGAAAAUAAUUGUCAUAGUUCUCAACAUCUUGUAGUAUUCUAUUGAAUAAUUCAAUAUUCAUUCUAAAUCUACGACGAAAAAGUUCGGGGGUGUACUUUGAGUUUUCACCUUUAAAGUAGUCAUUAACUAUUAUGUCAUGACGCUCUUUCCUAUCACGGCGAAUAUAGCAUCUACCUGAUGUUGAACCAUCAAGAGAGAACUUUACGGCGGUCAACAUUGAAGAAACAAUCAAGGGAGCAUCUGAAUUCUUAUUUGCGCCAUGAAAGUAAUGUUUGGAAAGUGAAAGUUCAGUGUCACUUGAAGAUGAACUAUUAGAGUCUGAAUCAAAAUUCGGAGAAGCCAUAUCCAUCAACGUAAACCUGUUCAAACACACGCACACACAAAGAAUCAACACCAUGAUUCUUAUACGUACUAUAAAAAAAUUGCAUAAUUUAAAACUAAUGAAUAAAAGAUUAUAUAUAUAUAUAUAUAAACAACAAUACUGUAUAUAAAAUAAUGCACACACACACACACUCAUAUAUAUAUAUAUAUAUAUAUAUAUAUAUAUAUAUAUAUAUAUAUUGCUUUUUCUGAACUUAAUACCCACUUUAUUUAAAAAAACUUAACAACCCACUUACUUCAUGUGAGUAUGGACUAUGGAUGACACAUAUGUUAAUAUACAUGUAUGUAUAUAGAAAUUGUUGAGGUUUUGUCCCGCAGAUCCGGAAGCCCAACAUAAACUUCGGAUAUUAAGGACGAUCGAUUCGGUAUAAACAUAAAUAAAAUAUAUAUAAGGUGUAUGAACUAGCUAUUUUUACGUGGAAACCCGGAAAGGGAGAAAACCACGGGACUUUUUAGGCUAACGUCCAAGCCCGCUCUUUUUCAUUAAUAUGCUCUCCUCACCAAUUACAUAUUACAACUCUUGAACUCCAUUAAUGGAGGUAUAAAGCUAUCUAUCAAAGGGGAAGAAGAAGUAUGGAGGAGGAGAGCCAAAAGAUCAGAUCCUUUCAUCAGGAAGCCAACCUUCCUAUUUAUAGAUGGGGGAGGGAGUAAGGGUUUUCUCCAUGGGCCUUGUUGGGCCGGAAUGGGCCGAGUAGGUCCCAACGGGCCGGUUGGCCUAAAUGAUCCUUGCUAACUGGGCCCUGUACCGGGGCGGUGUAUUGGGCCUCUAAACAGUAGUAGGCCGGGGUAAUAUACCCAACAGAAAUAUACUACUAUAACACACGUAUGGCCAAAUUAUACAUACAAAACAAUGUAUGAAAGUUCUAAUAGGAAGCUGAAUCCAAAUCCACCUGCAAUCCCAUUUAUCGCAUUACAAAACUAUGCAUAUGCCACCUUGAUAUAUCUCCAAAUCCCAUGGAUCAUAAAAGAGGUAUGUAGUAUAUAUAAAAUUGAGUAUGUACUCAUAUAUACGUAUAUAUAAUUGGGUUUUAUAUGAGUUUAAUAAUUGAGUAUGAAAUAUUAUCGUUGCUUAUUCAUACGUAUAAAAAAGCUGAAAAAAUUCGGCCAUGUUACUUGUGGAGCCCGUUCGUGCUGCAUAAGAGCGACGGUUGCCAUCCCAGAGCAAGGAUGGACGAGCCCGCCAGAAAGCCAGGCACGACGGUGCUGUGGAGCCCGUUCGUGCUGCAUAAGAGCGACGGUUGCCAUCCCAGAGCAAGGAUGGACGAGCCCGCCAGAAAGCCAGGCACGACGGUGCUGUGGUGCCCGUUCGUGCUGCAUAAGAGCGACGGUUGCCAUCCCAGAGCAAGGAUGGACGAGCCCGCCAGAAAGCCAGGCACGACGGUGCUGUGGUGCCCGUUCGUGCUGCAUAAGAGCGACGGUUGCCAUCCCAGAGCAAGGAUGGACGAGCCCGCCAGAAAGCCAGGCACGACGGUGCUGUGGAGCCCGAACGUGCUGCAUAAAAUAAGCGAUCGUCAUCCUAGAUUAAGGAUGGACCAACCUGACUCGGACAGACAUGGACUUGACUCGACUCAAACAGACCUGGACUUGACUCAGACGGACAUGGACUUGACUCGACUCAGACAGACCUGGACUUGACUCGAGACCACCGCGGGCCAUCAUGAAUUCACAUCACCUCCCAGCCAAUUUAUAUCCCCCGUUCGCUCGCCUUCGCCGAACGGGUCGUUCUCCCCUGGUCGUUCCAAACAAUAGUUCCAUUCGCCCGUUCGUCCCACUAGAACGGUCUGAUGUACAAUGAUGAUCACGUCGUGCCGAGGUGGCUGAUCGUAGAGCUACAGAAGCGGUCAGAUCAUCUGGAUAAUAGGUCAUUUCUGCUAUAAGUCAGCACCAGGGUUAAGGUGCAAGCUGUUCGGCUUAUUUCCGAUAUUUGUUCGUAGUUUCCUGAUCCGCAAGGCAUCACCUCUUGCUGCCUGCUGCCUUGUAGGCCCAAGGCUGAUGUAACUUGUUCGUGUUAUCAUCCGUGUUCAACCUGAUCCGCAAGGCAAUCACCUCUUGCUGCAAGACAGUUUCACAAUUUGUGUAGUGUCUGCCAUCUUCCAAGCCCAUAAUUCCGAUGCAUACCGUCGGUUUUACCGUCCGGGGUCAUCCAUAUCAUGAGGUUGAGAUGUCCAUCCUGGACCAUUGAGAAUAAGGCUCCCAAGCCGGGUCUCCCCCUUAUUCUCUGCCAAAAUGGAGACUCGCCUUCAGGUUACAGCUCGGGUUCCACCACAAUAAAUCACUACAUCGUGGUUCGGGCGAGCUGCAUAGCCAAGGCAAGAUUUUAAGACCAGAGUCCCGAUCCCCCGCUCGGUCACCCUAUGACUUCGGAUGCCGCCCGGUUCGUCCUACUCAAGAUCUUUUACACCAUCUCCCAAGCUGAGUCCGGGCUUGGUUAACCUGCAUCUUUUUUUUUUUUUUUUUUUUUUUUGUGCUGAGAUGGUGGCUCCCCAUGGAUCGAGACAAGUGGUAUCUAUCGAUCGAGGUGAGACUUUAUGGAAUGUGAAGAUGCCUCCUAAGCAAAUAAUGUCGUGCUGUGGGGCUGAUCUUGAUAUGAGAAACAUGAAUAAAUCCAAGGGUCUUGCGAGCGCCCUCUGCUCAAGGACAACGGCAGCAACUGCGGCAGCGGUCCACAAAAUGUAGCCAUGCUGAAAGUCAAGCAACGGUCCUUAUCCGCGCAGUGCGGGGACGAGGCCGGUCUUCAAAUAUGAUAAUGGCACCGUACGAGAGGGUCGGUGGCCAUGUAAUGAUGUCGGCGCUGGGGGCCGAUCGGAAAGGAACUAGCAACGGUCCUUAUCUGCGCAGUGCGGGGACAAGGCCGGUCUUCAAAUAUGAUAAUGGCACCGUACGAGAGGGUCGGUGGCCAUGUAAUGAUGUCGGCGCUGGGGGCCGAUCAAAAACAAAUAAUCAACGGUCCUCAUCCGUGAGGAGCGGAGAUGAGGCCGGUCUUCCAAAUGAUCACCAUGCCGAGCCAGGAGAGUCGGUCGUGGUGAGAGAAAAGUCGGCGCUGGGAGGCCGAUCUGUAAAUCCGAGGGUCUUACAGGCGCCCUCAGCCCAUAAUGUUGCUCUAGGUGCCGAACGGCGGAGGCCGGAUUGCCAGUCAGGUAGCGUAAUCUGAAAGCUCGUGUAUCGUACAGUCCAUAGGACUUCCCUUCAUGUGUUGUGACAUCUAUACAUUUGUAGUCCCUUCUUUUCUCAAUCGUCCAUGAUUCCUUCUACACACUAGUAACCUCACUCUCUCUCUCCUCUUUUUUUUUUUUUUUUUUGCUUUUUUUUCUCUCUCUCUCUCUUUUUUUAUUUCGAACCACGAAUAUCCCUGCAUUUCACAAUCUCCCCGUCCGAGCUGGUCGAACGGCUCUAAAUGUAAAUAUUCCUUCUUUUUGUUGCCAAUCAUGAACGUCUUUGCGCUUCAUGCUGAACGUCAUAAACAUCUCUGUGCUUCAUGACUUCCCCGCUCGGGCUGACCGAACGCCUAUGAAUGUGAUUCUUUUCUGCCGGUAAUGAAUGUCUCUAUGCUUCAUGCCGAGCAUCAUAGAUAUCUUUGUGCUUCAUGAUUCCCCGUUCGAGCAUAUCGAACCAAUUUCACUGCACAAUCAGCAUGGUAAUACGGUCGAACGACCGAACAACAUACACAAGUAUAUACACACACAUGUGUAACAUUUCUUUUUUAUUCUUUAUUUUUCAUCCAUGACUAUCGGCCGAAGCGGUAAUGAUAACCCUUGGCCUAGAUUUAUCUUUUGAACUGCCCAUACGCUCUUAGAACCACCUAGUGGUUUCCCGGGCGUUCUCAGGAAAGCUUUCAGCUAAUUAAAGUACGUAUUUCGCCCCGUAGUGGGUAUAGUUGUCGUUCGGGCAUUUAAUACCGAGCGGAACCGCUCAUGGUAUCUAAUUUUAACUACGUCAUUGGGCCACGCCCUUGCGAGACGCUUUAGUUAAUUCAUUUAGGCCGACCGGAAGUGGACCGAUCAGCCAUUUAAACCAAACAUUUAUUUAAAACGUUGGUGAUCUUAUUUAUAAAGCUCCGUUCGGCCUUAUUCUAUUCGGGAAUUUUAAUCCCUACUAAAAUAAUGGUGUUGCAAUUAAUAGUAAGAAUACUAUUUAAUCAACCAAUGAAUACUCUCAUGCAUGAGUACUUGGUGUGUUGUCAAAGUAAUACCAUUUGGGGCACUCCGAUCGCUUAUAUUUAGCCGAUCGCGGGUUGGCCGGUCGGCCCAUUAAACCAAAUCAUUUAAUUUUAAAUGAUAAUGGACUUGUCACUGGAGUCUCGCUCGGUCAUUAUUCAAUUCAGGAAAUUUAAUCUCUACUAAACAAAUAAUGGCGAUGUGUAACUAAUAGUAAUAUUACUACAUCAUUUUAUUUAAUAUUUUCAUGGAUGUCCGACCCAUGCCGAACAGACUCAUGGGUGGCUUCGAAUUUAAAAAACGUGUCACCGAGAAAAUGUCCUCCAAAGACGGUUCAGUCAAUAUUAUUUGGGCCGAUCGGGGAUGGACCGACAAGCCCAGUCAAACCAAGCAUUUAAUUAAAAUGUUGGUGAACUUAUAAUAAAACUUCAUUCGGCAUUAUUCUGUUCGGGAAUUUUAAUCCCUUCUAAGUAAUGGUUAUUCAACCAAUAGCAACUAAUACUUUUAAUGUAUUAACGCCCGAUGCCUAGCGGGACUUCAUUGUAUUAAAACGCGUCGCCGGAGUGAUGCCCUUUGGGAGAACUCUGACCGCUUAACUACACCCAAUCGAGGGUUGGCCAGCCGGCUCACAAAAUCAAUCACUUAAUUUAAAAUGAUGAUUCUCAUCGGUAAUGCUCCGACCGCAAAUUAAGGCUGAUCAGGUCCAUAGAUGCCCCGACCGCAAAUUAAGGCCGAUCGAGGUAACCCAAUGGGCCCCACUACAACCAAUUAUUUUACUUUAAAAAUGGCGGUGGAUUUAUCACUCGAGCCUGGCUCGGUAUUUAUUUCAUUCGGGAUAUUUUAAUCCCUACUAAACAAGUAAAGGCGAUGCGUAACUAAUAGUAAUAUUAACACAUCAUUUCAUUUAAUAUUUUCAUGGAUGUACCGCCAAUGCCGAACGGGUCGAUAGAUGCUCCGACCGCUAAUUAAAAGCGGGAAAAGGGGCAAAUAAGCCCUCGAACUAAUCAAAAAAGUGCAAAUAAGCCCUUUUGUAGGAGGUUCCGUCCGGCCAUCGUCAUUUGGGGAGGUUCCUGGUGGAAUUUUUUGAUGAAAUUUUUUGAGCAUGUUAUUCAUUAAGUCUAGUUUAGUCAUACCGAAUUUCAGCUAAAAAUUCAAUCGGGAAGACAGUCAAAUGAAUUUUUGAAGAUAAAUGUGCAGUUAAACAACGCAGUAUAUUUCCGAAAAUCAUUUGACUGCCUUCCCGGUUGAAUUUUUAACUGAAAUUUGGUAUGGCUAAACUAGACUUAAUGAAGAAGAUGCUCAAAAAAAUUUAUCAAAAAAUUCCACCGAGAAACUCCCUAAAUGACGAUGAUCGGACAGAACCGCCUACAAAAGGGCUUAUUUGCACUUUUUUUAUUAGUUCGAGGGCUUAUUUGCCCCUUUUCCCAUUAAAAGCCGAUCGGGUAGGCCAAUGGGCCGCACCAAUCAUUUAACCACCAGACGGUGAGGUUGUCAACCGAACCUUGCUCGGCACCUAUUUCUUUAGGGCUAUUUUAAUCCCUAGCUAAACAAAUAUUGAUAUCACACACAAUAGGACCAACGUUCCUACCAUUUUAAUAUGCGGUACUUUAAUUAACGAGAGUAAGGGUUAAAGCACUUAGCUCUUUUGUAAUAGGCUGGCGUAAAGUGGAAUUGAGAUAAUCCUAACCGACAUCCCCGUUCGGUGCUGGCCCCCCAUUUGCCCAAAUCUCAAUUUGGUGCUCCACAAUUUGUCGUGGUGGGCCCUGCUCUCUUGGAGUUCAUCAUCAUAAGCAUAUCUCGCUCAAACAUUGCUGACCACUCAAACCUUCCUGAGCAUCGUUGCAUUGUUGAUCGAUUCAAAAGAGUACUUGAGCUAACCAGACCCGGCGCUGCGACUAGGAGAAGCCGGACUGUGGUGAACAUGAAUAACGAUCUGGACGGCGAUCCCAGGCGGCGUGGUGCUAGACAGUAAGAUGCCGAACGGGGAACUGCCGGUUGAUGUGCCCAAUUGGGGAUCAAACUGAAGCUCUGCCGUUCGGUCAAUGUGCCCAUUUUCCUGGUCAGUUGAGCUUUCCUCUUCAGAAAACGAUCAGCAGCACCAGAUCCUCCAUGGCCGCUCAAUUAGUGUGCGGCUACGCCCGAUCCAGUCGCUCAGGUAGUAUAGCGUUCCAGAUACCUGAAGUUGCUAUCUGUCGUCAUUCCUGUUGGCGGCAGCUACUGACUAGGUAGAAGAUUUUUCCUUCGUAGGCCGUUCGGGCCACCACCUGCACAGGAUCAUCCAUGUUUUCUUCCAGUUAACUUGUCAAAAUGGACAGGCAGGGGAACGACCAGUAUGGACUGGUUAUGUAUAUUCCCGUUCGGCAAACGUCCAACCUCCCUUAAAUGACCAAGAUCGAUGGGUGGUGCUAGUUGAGGAGCAAUUCUUGUGGCCCUAAAAACGCCUUUGCCUCUCGAGAUGGAUCUGUCAUGCUUCAAUCAUAACCCCGGCAAGCGUCCCUUUCCCAGUCGGGAAAUACCGUUCGGUCAGGACAUACCGUCCGGGUCUUGCUAAGUUGGAACCGUUCCUUCCUGCUGCGUGUGGAUUCCCCUGUAGAUCUCACUGAUUGGUCGGGCACUCUAGAGCUCUCCUUUCUUCCGAGGCAGAACUCUCGUUCGGGCCUAGCUAUUUUGAACUGGUUGCUUCCUGGGUGUUUUCCCUCUGGCUGUGGUUAUUGGCUUUGGCGUUCAGGGUGCUCCCGUUCAGGAAGCAGGGACUUGGUUUGGUUUUUGGAUAACCAAGACCUUGUCACAUCAUCUACUUUAUUGUUGACUCGUCCACUUGUGCUAUUAUCAGGCUUUGUCAUGCUUCUUUCUUUUGUGGGAGUAUGGAGCAAUUCGCCCUUAUCCUUACUGCAAGCCAUUGGGGAUGCGGGCCCCACCUCCAUUCUUCUCUCUUAUCCAGUAAGCCUAUUACAUCAACUUUAGUAAGCUUACAUUAACUUUUCUUGGCGUUCUUCUUCGGCCUUCUCUAAAUCUUCAGGGUAUGGCCCUAGUAAUUCAACCCAUGACUGUGCUGCUAAAUUAGUGAUUGUUUCUCCUUCUUUGGAAUCCAAAUUGGUGAGCUAGCUUGGAGCUCAAAAUAAAGACGUAAAUAUCAGAACCUGUGGAUCUCUUUUUUCGUAAUAGUAAAACAAUAGACUGCCUCUCCAUGUUGGUGAAAACAAUAGACUGCUUAUCCCUGGUGUUGCUGGAAAUCAGUCCAUCUUCGCAUGGAAGUUUUUUGUAGAAUCAAGAAUACGUGAAUCUUUUUGUAUCUAUUCCCACAGACGGCGCCAAUGUUGAGGUUUUGUCCCGCAGAUCCGGAAGUCCAACAUAAACUUCGGAUAUUAAGGACGAUCGAUUCGGUAUAAACAUAAAUAAAAUAUAUAUAAGGUGUAUGAACUAGCUAUUUUUACGUGGAAACCCGGAAAGGGAGAAAACCACGGGACUUUUUAGGCUAACGUCCAAGCCCGCUCUUUUUCAUUAGAGAAAAUUAUCUCUCUUAUGACUAAAAGAACAUGAUGUUCUCAAAGUAUGACUUCACCGGUUUUUUUCCUAAUCUAAUGCUCC